GUCAGCGGGAGGCGGGGCGGGUUCCGCUCGGCCCCGCGGAGGAGCCCGGAAGGCGGCCCUGCGCCGUGGGGUGCUGGGGGUGUGUGGGUUUGCUUUGUUCCUCUGGCCGUGCCACCUGCAGCUCCCGCCGGGGCGCUUGCUGUGCGAGGUCAGACCCGCCGGCUGCGAGUCCGUGUGCACGGCCCUGCACAGAGGUCCGGGCCGCAGGUGUGCUCCUGCGUAGCAGGGCCCAAGGAGUCGGCGGAAGGUAUUUGGCUAACAAAAUGAAGCCUACAAAGCUACAGUUUUGGAUUCUAUGUUGGUUUUCUAUGGCAUUAUGCUGUUGGUGUGCUUCAGAUAAAUUCACACAAAGUGACACCCCUCAUACCUGGAAAAAGUUGUAUCUUGCUCAUCAUUGGCCAGUGACUGUGUGUAAGAUGAGUGCUAAUGACUGUCAAGACCCUCCAGAAUACUGGACAAUCCAUGGACUGUGGCCUGACAAAGGUGAAGAAUGUAAUAGGAGUUGGCACUUCAAUGUCACUGAGAUUAAGGAUCUUAUGUCAGACAUGAGACACUAUUGGCCUGAUGUGCUUCAUUCAUCCCAGAAUCGUACACAAUUCUGGAAACAUGAGUGGGAGAAGCAUGGCACUUGUGCAGCCACACUUGAUGUCCUUAAUUCUCAGAAGAAAUACUUUGGUAAAGCCUUGGAACUUUAUGAGCACAUUGAUCUUAAUAGUUGUCUCCUGAAAGCAGGGAUAAAGCCAAGCAGUUCAUAUUACCAGAUGACUGCCAUAAAGGAAGCUCUUACAAGAUUCUAUGGUGUAACUCCAAAGAUCCAAUGCCUUCCUCCAGAACAGGGUGAAAAAGCACAAACAAUUGGUCAGAUUGAAUUCUGCUUCACCAAAGAACUGCAGCUGAGAAACUGCACGGCAUUGAAGAGUGAAUCCAACCCAGUGCCGGCUGUCCUGAAGCUUGGAACUGAGGAGCUGUCUAUCUGCAACGAUUCUCUCCCAACCUAUUAUCCUUCACAGGUUCAAGUUCACAAAUGAAGCCUUGAGAGUUUGAAACAUUUUAAAUGGCACCAAAAAAUGAACCCUUAAGCAUUGUACCUUGGAAAGCUGUUUUGGCUUAUCAUCAGGGCUUUGCAAUAUUGCUAUCACAAGCAUACUGUGAAGAUUUCUUCUGGAAAACACACUUCUUUUGCCAUUAAAGUGGAAUGAUCCACACUGUAGUAUCAGUCACACUGA